CUUUCACUGUUCCCCUCGGCCCCACCCCGGCUGCCCUCUCUUCUGGUCCUGAACACUCCUACCCUCCCUGGCUGUCUCUGAACUUCAUUCUUACCCUGUCAACUGCCUUUAUCCUCCUCCCUCCUUAAGCCCCCAGGCUCUUUAUGUGACUUAGCUCUGACCAGCUCCCCCAGGUACAGCAGGUCCCAGCUCCCUCAGGUACAGCAGGGCCCAGUUCUCCCAGGUACAGCUGAUCCCAGCUCCCUCAGGUACAGCAGGUCCCAGCUCCCCCAGGUACAGUAGGUCCCAACUCCCCCAGAUACAGUAGGUCCCAGCUCUCCCAGAUAUAAUAGGUCCCAACUCCCCCAGAUACAGUAGGUCCCAGCUCUCCCAGAUAUAAUAGGUCCCAGCUCCCCCAGGUACAGCAGGUCCCAGCUCUCCCCAGAUAGAGUAGGUCCCAGCUCUCCCAGGUACAGCAGGUCCCAGCUCCCCCCUGCUAGGACCACAGAAUAGCAGAGCUGGAAGGGCCCCAGAGGCCGGGGUCCUGGUCCAAUAGAGACAGGGAGGUCCUCGCCUCAGCCAGAACUGGAACCCAGCUUUUCUGGCUCAGCCUCAGCCUCCCUGAAGCACAAGCCCCAAGGGGCCAGCCCUGUCCUGGGACUCUCCAUUGUGACCUCAGAUACCCUUUUCCCUUUGGAUUGGCCCAGAGUUGAAGAAAGAGAGAUGGGACCUGGACGAAAUGUGAUCAAGGGGCAACCAGAGGGGGCCAAAAGGGCCCAGCCCCCUACUUUGAAGAAGGCUGUCUGACCAAUGCUGCCUUGUCUGCGACCAGAGAGGAGCCUAAGUUAACCAACUUCAGUCAUUUCUGCUUUCAGACUAGGCUGCCGAGAACCCCCACAGCUCACGCCAUGAAGGAGGAGAACUUUCUCCGGCGCAGGUUUUCCCUCUGUCCACCUUCCUCCACCCCCCAGAAAAUUGACCCUCGGAAACUGACCAGGAACCUCUUCUUCAGUGGAGACCAUGAGAUCUACCCUCUUAGUCCAGGGAAGGACAUGGAAAGCACCAAUGGGGUGCCCCUGUUGAAGGAUGAAGUGCCUCCGACGCCGGUGUCCUUGACCAGAACCCUGCAGAACAAUGACUACCGGCUCUGCAAUGGGUCUGACCGAGAGUCCUUGUCCCCAACAGCCAAAGUCACCAAGAAGGAAACUCUCAAGGUCCAGAAGAGGAAUUACCGCCAGGAGAAGAAGCGGGCCACCCAGCAGCUCUUCAGCGCCCUCAAGGACCCCAGCGUGGUCAUCAUGGCUGACUGGCUGAAGAUCCGGGGGACCCUGAAGGGCUGGACCAAGCUCUGGUGCAUCCUGAAGCCGGGCGUGCUGCUGGUUUACAAGACGCCCAAGGUGGGCCAGUGGGUGGGCACCAUCCUGCUGCACUCGUGCGAGCUCAUCGAGCGGCCUUCCAAGAAGGACGGCUUCUGCUUCAAGCUCUUCCACCCCCUGGACCAGUCCAUCUGGGCCAUGAAGGGCCCCAAAGGCGAGAACGUGGGCUCCAUCACCCAGCCGCUCCCCAGCAGUUAUCUCAUCUUCAGGGCACCCUCUGAGUCCGACGGCCGCUGCUGGCUGGACGCCCUGGAGCUGGCCUUGCGCUGCUCCAGCCUCUUCCGGCUCAGCACCUCCAAGCCAGGGAAGGACGGGGAGCUGACCAGCCAGCCGGACUCCUCCCCGGUGCCCCUGGACGGGCUGCUGCACGCUGGGACCAUCUCGGACCAGGAUCUCUUUCAGCUGACGGAAGCCUCCCUGGAGAACCACCAGCUGGAGAACGACGCCUUUUCAGACAGGUCAGAGAAAGACACCAUCGAGGGGUCGGAGAACGAGACCCGGGAGAACAGCCGCAAGACCAACGACAGCGAGAGUGACCAGUCGGAGACCCCCGGGGAGCUCGGGCAGGAGAAAAAGGGGACCACGUACAUCGAGCAGAUCUACGAAGAGUUUGGGGAGACGGGAGAAUCGUCACAGACGGAGACAGUCUCCGAAGAGAACAAGAGCCUCAUCUGGAUCCUGCUGAAACAGCUGAGGCCGGGGAUGGACCUGUCGCGCGUCGUGCUGCCCACCUUCAUCCUGGAGCCGCGCUCCUUCCUCAAUAAGCUCUCCGACUACUACUACCACGCCGACCUGCUGUCUCAGGCUGUUCUGGAAGAAGAUCCUUUAACUCGUAUGAAGCAAGUUGUAAGAUGGUAUCUGUCCGGCUUCUACAAGAAACCGAAGGGAAUCAAGAAGCCUUACAAUCCCAUCCUCGGAGAGACCUUCCGCUGCUGCUGGUAUCACCCCCAGACCAACAGCCAUACUUUCUACAUAUCUGAACAGGUUUCCCAUCAUCCUCCCGUGUCUGCUUUCCAUGUAAGCAAUAGGAAAGAUGGCUUCUGCAUCACUGGAAGCAUCCUAGCCAAGUCCAAAUUCUAUGGAAACUCCCUCUCAGCCUUGCUCGAUGGCAAAGCGACCUUGACGUUUCUGAGUAGAGGGGAAGAUUACAUCAUAACGAUGCCCUACGCACAUUGUAAAGGAAUUUUGUAUGGCACCAUGACCAUGGAGCUGGGAGGAAAAGUGACUAUCGAGUGUGAGAAGAACAAUUACCAGGCAGAGUUGGAGUUUAAGCUCAAGCCUUUCUUCGGAGGCAACUCCGGCCUUAACCAGAUCUCUGGGAAAAUUAAAUCAGGAGAGGAUGUUCUGGCCAGCCUUGAUGGACACUGGGACAGGGAGGUGUACAUUAGUGACCCAAAGAACGGCGCCAGCGACGUCUUCUGGAACCCGACGGUGGACAUCCGGAGGCAGCGGCUCAAGCGCCACAUCGUGCUAUUUGAGGAGCAAACCGAGCUGGAAUCAGAGAGACUCUGGCAGCACGUGACCAGUGCGAUCAACAAAGGGGACCAGGUGAAGGCAACCCAGGAGAAGUUCGUGCUGGAGGAGGAGCAGAGGAGGCAGGCCCGGGAGCGGCAGGAGGCGCUUCUCGACUGGAAGCCGCUGCUCUUCCUCCAGGACCCCAGCUCCCAGGAGUGGCGCUACAAAUACGAGGACCUCAGGCCUUGGGACCCCCUCACAGACAUCGCCCAGUUUGAGCAGGACGGCCGGCUGCAGACAAUGGGCCGGCGCGCGCCCCUGAGACUGACCGCCCGGAACCAGGCGGCCCGGCACAAGAGGACGGGAAAGGAGUGCCGGCUGCGCAAAGCCAGCGAUCAGCCCUCCAACCACAGCCAGAACACGGAGAGCAGCUGCUCCACCCCCGAGUCCGUGCAGGACCUGUCUGAUGAGGAAAGGGAUGCAGACUGUGAAAGUUCCUGCGCCCGGUGUGGGAAGGAGAACCAGCAUCUGAAGGAAAUUCAUACUGCAGUGUUGUCCCUACAGAAGGCCCAACAGGAUAUCCACAGGAACCUCACAGCUCUCAACAAAAAGUCUUUGUACAGGCGGGCACCAGGAAGCUUUCUGCACAGCUCACGCUGCUGGUUUCUACUCUGCGUGUUUCUGACGUGUCAACUGUUCAUUAACUAUGUCUUGAAAUAAAAGCACUGUAGGGGCAGCAGCCCAUGCACCUCCCUGCCGAUGAACACUGCCCCCCCCCCAGGAGCCCGCCCUGCACGGUGGGACCCCAUCCAGGGAGGCUGGGCCCCAGGCCCCGGGCACCACUCCUGGGCAGCGGGUGCCCCUUGAGGGGGCACAGCCUUAAUCGCUGAAGCCAAAUGUAGCUUAUCUGUGCACUUUGUCUCCUACGGCGGCUAGUCCUCGUCCGCCCGCAUCGCAUGUGGUUCCUUCUGCAGGCCCCCACCCUGCGCGUAUGUGGGCUCCCCCAAUCCUACCCAGACCCCCGGGGCAGCAGGGAGGAGGAACGCAAAGGGGCCGGGAGCGGGCCUGGCCUGAGCGGGGCCUGCCGGUCCUUCCUCCGACCUUCCUCCCCAUGAGGACCAGCUCGGGCGCAGAGCUCGUAGCGGUGCACAGUGAUGGGCCCUGCCGGCCCAGCGCCUCCCGCUCUGGAAGCCGGGAGCGGGAAGCCAGACCUGAGCCAGAGGCGGCCCCUGCUCCGGGGGAGUGAGGAGGGAAGAGCGGGGGACGGGAAGCGCCGUCCCGCCGAGCCUCUGGGCGGCCCCUCCCUGCCGGCAAGUUGUCCUCUAGUGGCCGUUCCCAAGGGCUGCCUCCGUGCGGGGAGCAAGCGGGGCCGGUGCGGGAGUGAGCCGGGUCUGCCUCCCGACUCCCGCCCCGCCGGAGCCGGCCCGCGCUGCGCCUCCUGCCUCUGCUUGGAAAGUGACAAUAAACUGACCUGCCACGC